GACUUGAGCUUACAACCCGCUGUCAGUCCGUACUGAGAAAAGUAGGCAGCGUUUACAAUACUUUCGAACGCAAUUGAAUAUGCCCAAGCGAUAAGCUAUAGGGGAGACUUAUGAAUCCGAUUGGAGAAGCCGUGAUAUUAUAAUCAUGGAAAAAUGUACACUUCGAGCAACUGUUUACCUCUUUAUGUUCUUACUCGUUUGGGAAGAAACGUUUUAUUUCGGGAAUUGCGCGUCAAAUGCAUAUUCGGGUGACGACUCCUUCACCAUACAGCAUGUAAGCACAGGUAAGUGUCUUGUAGCCAAGGCCAUGCCUGGGUCUGCAGAGUCACGGUUCAACAUGACCCUGGACGAGUGCGACAGCCCCGGGGGAUCCCAGUGGAAGUGGGGGUCUGGCCACCGUCUCUUCCACACAGGCGCGUCCCAGUGCUUGGGUCUGGAGGUGAAGACCAAGAGCCUGUCUCUGUUCCCUUGUGACUCCCUGGGCUACAAUAUGCUUUGGUGGCGUUGCCUGGAUGAGGCCAUUCAUACAGACUAUCAGAUGGGCCUGGCGGUUUCUGACGGACGGGUCUUGGCUAAGCGAGACUCAUUGGACACCUGGAGGAGGGACGGAUUGAACGAGACUAUCUGCCAGUGGCCGAUGCGUAUUGUUCACACCGCAAAUGGCACCUCAGCUGGAAAGCCCUGUGAUUUCCCCUUCUUCUACAAUGGCAGCUGGUACCACGAGUGCCUUCCAGACGACGAGUCGCCCGGGCUAAGCUGGUGUGCCACAACAUCCAACUAUGACAACGAUAAACAGAUGGGAUACUGUCUCCGACAUGAGGAAGGCUGCAAGAUGCUGUUUAGCGGACCUGAGGGGGGACCAUGUUACGAGCUCGUGUCCCAGGUCGCUGUGACGUGGCAGGAAGCGCUGGACUCGUGCCGCAGCCAGGGAGCGGACCUUCUCAGCGUGUCCGACGCAGAACAGAAUGCCUUCCCCGUCUCGGGCAGCAUACCAGACAGAAUGUGGAUCGGGCUGCACCAACUAGACACGUCUCAGGGCUGGCAGUGGUCAGACGGUUCCCCCCUCGACAACCUGCGCUGGGACGAAGAAAUGCCGGUCACUUCGAGUCUGCGGGAGUCCGACUGUGGAGUGAUGAAUUCGAAGCACUACUACGAGAGUGAGAGCUGUGACAAAAAGCUGCCCUACAUCUGUAAGAAAAAUGUCAGCAGCGCCCAACCGGCCCCAACAGAGCCUUUAGUGUAUAAGUCCACCAAAUGUGAAAAGGGCUGGACCCCUUGGAACAUGUUCUGCUACAAGCUGGUGAAGGAAGAAGCAAAGGCGUUUGCUCAGGCUGAGAAGCACUGUGAGGAUAUUGGAGGGGGGCUGGCCAGCCUUCACGGACUGGACAGCAUUGAGAUGAUCAGUAUCCGGUUCCAUUCAGGUGUCAUGCAGGAUGUGUGGAUCGGCCUAAUGGGGACAGGAAACCCAGCCAUCUUGAAAUGGUCUGAUAAGACUCCCGUCUCCUUCACAUACUGGGAUAGGAACCAGCCUAUACAACCUUCAAACAGCUCUGGUUGUGUCUUCUACUCUGGACAGUCUCAUGGCUGGAAUAUUGGAAACUGUGACAGUGAGCUGCCUUUCAUGUGUAAGAAGAAAGGAGAGGUGACCGAGUCUUUUACGACAGGAUGCCCCACUGAGGGGAACUGGAAGCAACAUGGGAACUCAUGCUACAAAGUGGACUCUAAAGAAGUGUUGUUCAAGGACAGGUGUGAUGUAAUCAUAAACAACAGGUUUGAACAGGCCUUUAUCAAUAGACUCCUUGGAGAAGAGAUGAACCUUAAUGUCCAGCAUUUCUGGAUUGGCCUCCAGGACAUCAAAGGCACAGCAGAGUACCGAUGGGUCAGCCAAAAUGGCACAGGACAGGAUGUCGCAUACACCAACUGGGGCUGGUUUGAACCAGAACAUGCAGGUGGUUGUGCAGUGAUUUCCACUGCCAAGCCUCUGGGUAAAUGGGCCAUAAAGAACUGUACCCUGUUUAAAGCCGGUACUAUCUGUAAGAUGAACAUUGGUACCCCACUGUCUCCAGACCCGGAGCCAGACCCCACCCUGCCCUGUCCUGACGGCUGGACCUCUAGGCCUGGCAUCUCCUACUGCUAUAAGGUGUUCCAUGGGGAGAGAGUGAGCCGUAAGCGUUCCUGGGAAGAGGCCGAGAAGUUCUGUGAAGCCCUGGGGGCCCAUCUGCCCAGCUUCAGCCACCCAAAGGAGAUGAGUGCUCUGCACUACGUUAUGAGGGACUCCAUCAGUGAUGACAGGUUUUUCUGGGUAGGGCUGAACAGAAGGAACCCAUCUGCUACUUCUUGGGAAUGGAGUGACAACAGACCUGUUUCAUCUGCCAUCUUCCCCAAAGAAUUUAACCAGGAGGACGAGUACAACCGCCACUGUGCAGCCUUUAAGACGGUGAGAGGAAAGUUUCGAAGUUUUUUUGUCUUCUUGCUUCAAGACAUGGCUCCUCCGUUCUACGCCAAGCCCUUCCACUGUGACGCCAGGUUGGAGUGGGCCUGCCAGAUCCCCCGCGGCAAAACCCCCAAGAACCCGGAGUGGUACAAGCCUGGCGGGCACCACAAUACGUCUGUGUUCGUGGACGGCCACGAGUUCUGGUUCGUGACAGAGCCGAAGCUACCGCACGAUGAGGCCGACAUGUACUGCAGUGGCAAUGGCAGCAGACUGGCAACGCCUGGCAGCUUCCCUGCCGUUAGACGGAUCUUUGAGAGUCUACCAAUGACAGCAGGGAAGAAACAGAGCUGGUGGGUGGAUAUGUGGGAGCAGGAAGACAUCUUACCGAUGAGGUUCCACUGGAAGCGAAUUUACCAUUCUAGAUUCUUGGGCAGGUGUUCGUCCAUCAGCUCCGAGAGCAUCUUCUUAAACUACGACCACAGCUGUGACCAGCGGCUGCCCUUUGUGUGCGAGAGACACAACACCACGACUGUAGAGCCCCUACCUGUGGAGCCUCACCCCGAGGGUCUGCCAUGUGAGGAAGACUUCAUACCCUUCAGGGACAAGUGCUACACCUUGGUUAAGCCUCUUUAUCUGAGUUUUAAACAAGCCAAUGAGCAGUGCCAGUCAUUGAAGGGAUCUCUACUCACUAUCGCAGACCAAGUUGAGCAGGACUUUGUGACGUCCCUGUUGCCGGGGCAACCUGAAAAGACCUGGAUCGGCAUGAAGCUCAAAAUGCGGGAACCAAAGUGGGUGGACGACUCUCCAGUCUCAUACAUCAACUAUAACCCCCUUCUUCACGGAAUGCUCCGACCCAUGCAAAUCAAUCCUCAUGACCCAGAGAGCAUGGAACUGUGUUUCCUCAUGUUCAACAACCCCAGCUCGGCUAUGAUGGGCACCUGGGACUACACCUCCUGCUCCGACCAGCAGUACCUGUCCGUCUGCCAACACUACGCAGACAAGCCGGAGCCGCCCAGGUUUCCAUCGGAGGCGUUCGUUACCAACAACCACACCUUUAAGCUGGUUCAGAAGAACAUGACGUGGUUCGAGGCUCUGGAGGAGUGCAGGAACCAGAGUAUGGACCUGGCCAGCGUAGCCGACACCCUGCAGCAGUCAGUCCUCACCGUGAAAGUCAGCCGCGCCCGCAGCCCCAUGUGGAUCGGCCUGUUCAGCGAAGACGAGGGCGUCCACUAUCGCUGGACGGAUCACAGCCACACGGUGUUCAGCCGCUGGUCUGCAGAGCCCACCGCCGGGCGCUGUGUCUACCUGGAUACGGACGGCUUCUGGAAGGCCACGGAGUGCGAGGAGGAGCUGGCGGGGGCCAUUUGCCACGUUCCACACGAAGAAACGAUCACUACCCCCGAGGACAUCGCUGUAAAAUGUCCUCAUAAAAAUAGCGGGCCAAACUGGAUCCCCUUCAAGAACAACUGCUACACGUUCCAGCUGGCAUCGUCCAGAUGGGACCAGUUUGACAAAGGACAGAUACACCAGACAUGCAAGAAGCUGGCUGCCGAUGCAGACAUCCUGACCAUCAGGAAUGUGGAGGAGAAUGAGUUUGUUAGGCAGCAGCUUCUUCCCUUUAAAGACCUGGUGCAGUUUAUCUGGCUGGGGAUGUUCAUGGAUGACAGUGAUAACCAGAUGAAGUGGCAUGACGGCACGAACGUCCAGUACACUAACUGGACUAAUGGAAGACCAAACCUGUCACCAGGCGAUACAUUCCUGGCUGGACUGACCACUCAGGGACUCUGGGAGAUAAUCACAGACAGAAAAUACUUUAGUAUCUUCAAGCAGAGAAGUAUUGUGGCCUGCAAACUGGACAAAGAUUCUAAGGACCAAUACAAGCAGCCGGCCAGUGAUUUUGAGCACUAUGGCAAUCUGAGCUACCAUGUGAUAACCAGGAAGGUAACCUGGUUCCAGGCCUUGGAGGAGUGUGGGCGCAGCAACGGACACCUGGCCAGCGUGCACGACGCCAAGCACCAAUCACACAUGGAGCUCAUUGCCAAGAGAGACGGCUUCCCGCUGUGGAUCGGACUGUCAAGUCAAGACGCUAGUGGCUCUCAGUCCUAUGAGUGGUCAGACGGGACAAAGUUUGACUACAUUCAGCCAAUGUUUUCUGGCACUGAGGGCACAUCCAACUCCGAUGCCAGUGGCGGCUGCGUAUACGUCACCACCCACGGUGCCUGGAAGAAGAAAGACUGCGGCGCCCUGGUGGACGGCGCCAUCUGUUACAACACCACCGUGACCACCAACACCCAAAGGUCGUUCCCCGGUGCCCAAAAGGCCGCCAAGCACUGCCCCCCGAGCAGUGGCUCUUCCAGGUGGGUUGAGUACCAGGACCACUGCUACGCCUUCGACAUGACCUUCUACAACUACUCCGUGUACGGCAUGGACGCCGCCAGGCGCAUCUGCGAGAAGCUGGACGCCCAGCUGCUGACCAUAAAGACCAAAGAGGAGAACGACUUUGUGUCGGGCUACAUGGAAGAAAACCCCCUCAUCACCAGCCGCGUGUGGCUCGGCAUAGACCUUGACACUCACGGUCAGCCGGUGGGUUGGGUGGACGGCUCCUCUCUGGCCUUCUCCAACUGGGCGGCCAAGGACUCCGCCAGAGGGGUACGGACAGCAGGCCAACAGAAGUCGUGUGCGGUCAUGGUGUCCGCGGACGGAGGCGUGUGGAGCAGGGUCAGCUGUGAGGACAGCCGCAGCCGCAUCGUAUGCAAAGCUCCCGCACGGUCAGGAAAUGCCCCAGUGGCUCUGGUCUUCUUCCUGGUGGUCCUCACCUUCCUCCUGGGGGCCGUCGGCUUUGUCGUCUACAAAAAGAGCAGGAACCGAUAUUCCACCACUGUUCGCUACAAAAGAACCAUCGAUGACGCUGACAGCACUAGUAUUAUAGAAGCAGAGUGAGCCUGGUCUUGUAUUCGCUACACGUCUUAAAGGAGGACCUAUCCAAUUAGGCCUUGUUAUUCUGCAAACAAUAACCACAGAAUGAAACAGCCUUUUUCAAUUUUAAGAAGAAAUAACUUAUUUGUACAAAAUCCCAAGCGGGUUCUCUAGACUUUUUUCUUUUUUUGUAAAUACUAGCCAAAAGGGUUAUGGGAAUACCUACAAACUAUUGCUAUAUUAUUUUUUUUUUUUAACUUAAUGGAGAACUGUUUUAAUUAACUGAUGGUAAAAUGAGCUGCCAAAAUGUAUCUGUUGCUGAAGAGUUGAUUUGAGUUUUACUAGACAAAAAAGGCACUGGAUGUGUGAUGCUUGUGGUCAGGGUAUUUCUAUCUUAUUGUAAGCACUGAUUUUCCUCUUUUCACUUUCUGUGAUUUAUGUAUUUUGAUUUUAAAUCAAGGUUUACAUUUUUUUUAAAGGUAUAAUACAGGUAUGUACUCUAGCUAGCUAAUGCAACACAGACUUCUUGGAUACUGCAACUACAUGCUAUUCACACCAAAUGUAAAUGCCUGAAGCCUUAGAUGAUUCAUGUCACUGACUCUUAUAUGCACUCUAACUACUGAGAACCUUUUGCACUUUAAAUUGGAAUGUUUUAUUUUGAAUAAUGCCUUGGAAGUGGUUUCUGAAAUGGAGCGCAAUAGUUAUCUUGUUUGGGAGUUGUCGUUUUUUAUUAUUUUUCUUUUUGGGGGGGGGGGGGCAGUGCAUGUUUUCAAACCGCACUCAAAUUGUACCCACAUGCGUUGUAAAUAUUUAACUGUUGAGUAUUUUUUUACUUUUGGUAAGGAAAAUCUAAACCAAAGAUGCUUUUUGAAUCUUGUGAUAAUUAGUAAUCAGAACCUUCAGAAUCUGCCUUGCAACAAUGCUUGUUAACUGCAACCAAAAUGUCAUACACCAUAUCCAUAUUUCUAUUGGUCCCUCAUGAACCAACCACUCUAGUCAGAUAUGGAGGUCUUCCAAUAAAAAAAAGUAUUUACUCUUUA